AUGUUGUUUAAUCGAUUUCAACAAUUAAAUCUUGUGAAAAAUAUAAUUCAUCGAAAGAAAUGGACACAUUCACGAGUUUCAUCAUGUGGUACAUAUCAUAUUUGUUUAAAUACUCAACAACCACUUUAUCAUUAUCGAUUUAAAAAUGUUCUACCAUUUCAUUCACCUGGUUUAGCACCAGUUAUUGAUCGAACUAAAGCAGCAUAUCAUAUCAAUGAACAUGGUGAAAAUGUUUAUUCACAACGUUUUCAUCGUACAUUUGGUUUCUAUGAAGAUCUUGCUGCUGUACAGAAAGAUGAUCAUUGGUAUCAUAUUACAGCACAAGGUUCUCCUGCGUAUAAAUCUGUAUGGCAAUGGUGUGGUAAUUUUCAGUCAUAUCGAUGUCCUGUUCGAGACUUUGAUUUAAAAUAUUAUCAUAUUAAUCCUAAGGGACAAAUUAUUUCAGGUCCUCAUUCAUAUGCUGGUGAUUUUCGAGAAGGUAGUGCUGUUGUUCGUAGUAUAGUUGACGGUCUUUUUCGUGCUAUUAAUGAGAAUGGUGAUUUACUUCAUUCAUCAUCGAAGAAAACAAGUUUUUUCGAUCUUGAUGUUUAUCAUAAAGGUCUAGCACGAGUACGAGAUGAAAAUGGUUGGUUUUUUAUUAAUCGUGCUGGUGUUGAUAUUGGACAAGGUCGUCGAUAUCGUCAAAUUGAAAAUUUUUAUAAUGGCCAAGCACUUGUUCAAUUAUUUCAUGAUGGAUCAAGAUGUAUUAUCGAUGAACAACAUCGUAUAUUAGCUCGAUUACAUAAUUGUCAGGAUGAAAAUCGUGCUGAUAUUGAGCAAAUUUCAAAAAAUUAUUGGUCAUCCUUUGCACUUAAAAUGGGUUUAGAUCAAAAAAUUAGUUUACUUGAAGAAGAUCAUCAAUCUAACAAUCAUGAUUAUCAUUUAAGAGAACAAAUUCGUCGAGUAUGGAGUGAAUUUGGUUUUCUUGAAUUAUCGCCUAACAAUAAGACUUAUACUAUAACAGAUCGAGGUCGUCUUCUUUUUGAUUCAGAUAGUAUUACUCGUGAUCGUGCUGUUUAUUGGUUAUUAGAUCGACAUAUAUCAGCUUGGUUGUCAACUUUUAGUUUUCAAAAACAACAUAUUUCAAAAAUUGAUUUGUUUUCUGAUAUUGCUAAAUCACCAGAUCUUGUUGCUUUGACACAAAGAGUAUUGAAUUCAUAUGCUGAUCAAGAUUGGCAUGGUAUUAUAUCUGUAAUUCCAAAUGAAUUAUUUCAAUCAUCUACUAUUGUCGAUCUUGGUGGUGGAAUUGGUUCUUUGCUACGUGAAUUAUCAAAGCAUUGUUCUAAACAACGUUUAAUCUGUAUUGAUCGUUCUGAAGUUAUUCGUUUAGCACCAUAUCAUCCACAAAUUGAAUUUUUAAGUGGAGACUUAUUUUCUGGUUUUUUACCUUCAGCUGAUUUUUAUUUUUUAUCUCGAGUACUUCACGAUUGGCCUGCUGAGAAAGUUAAAAUAAUUUUGAAUCAUAUUCCAGCAAAAUAUCUCUGCAUAAUCGAACGUGAAGUUGAUUUAAAUAUUAAUCGACAUGCUCUUUUAUCAUUACAUAUGUUCUUAUUACACGAUGCUAAAGAACGAACUCGUCAAGAAUGGGAUAAUCUAUUUUCAACAACUGGUUGGUCUGUUCAAUCACGUACACCAUUUUCAGGUCAUGUAGUUACUCUAUUGAAAAAAGAUAGACCUAUUGAACAUAUAUUACCAUCAAUAGUUAAUUGUCGAAAAAAUUUUGUACGUAAAGUUGUUAUUCCUAUUGCUGGACUUGGUAUACGAAUGCGUCCUCAAAGUACAAUUUUACCAAAAGCUUUUUUACCUAUUGUACAAUCAGAUUCUAUUGCAUGGAAAUGUCGUCCAGUAGUUGAUCUUCUUCUUGAACAAAUCUUUACUAAAGGAACUGAUAUCGAACAAGUUUUAUUUGUCAUUGCACCUGAACAAUUAGAUUUAUUUCAAUCAUAUUUUUCAUCUUAUCCUCAUCAAAAUAUCGAUUAUAUUUUACAACAAUCACCAAAAGGCUUUGGUCAUGCUAUUCUACAAGCUGAACAAUAUGUUGAUAAUGAACCAUUUGUUGUUAUGUUAAGUGAUCAUCUUUAUCAAUCGAAUAGCAAUAAUAAUCAAUCAUGUUUACAGCAAUUACUCAAUGCAUAUCGACAGAACAUUUCAAAUCAAUCUAUUAUGGGUAUUACAGGUGUAAUGACCUGUUCUUUAGAAGAAGUUUCAGAAACUGGUCUAUUACAAUCGAAUAUAGAUAUGAAGAAUAAACAAUUUUUUGAGAUAACAGAUAUGAUAGAGAAACCUUCAAUUGAAAUAGCACUUAAUCGUUUUCAAUCUCGAAUAUUUGACAAUCGUUUUUUAUGUCAAGCUGGUAUCGAUAUUUUACCAUCGACAAUUUUUGAUCAACUUGAACAAUAUGAACAAAAAUUGAAACAAGAAAACAUAACUUCAGAACUUGGUUUACGUGAAGCAAUGAAUAAUCUUCGACAAAAUGGACAAUUACGUGGUUGUCUAUUAGAUGGUCAACGAUACGAUAUUGGUAAUCCAAAAGAAUAUUAUCGUACAUUUCGUGCAUUUACUUUUGAGAAAAAAAGACCAUUACAACAAAAGUCUCAUAUAUCCAAAGCUUGGCCAUUAGUACAACACAUCGAUAAAUUACGAACAUUAUUCUCAAUAUCUAAGAAACCAAUAUAUAGCGCUAGUUCACCUGGUCGUCUGGAUGUAAUGGGAGGUUUUGCUGACUAUUCAGGUUGUCAUGUACUUCAAUAUCCAAUUGCACAAACUACUCAUGCGUUUGUUCAAGUUUCUAAUAUAAAUACAGUUCGUAUGAUUAGUAUUCAAACAGAUCGAAUUGACAUUGAUUCAAUCAAUGAAAAUGAUUUAAUCAUAUGGGAUCGUGAAAUUCCAAUGAACUUACUCUUAGACCGUAAUUAUACAUUACGAAAAAGAUUAGAAACAUGGUAUAAUCAACAACAACACAAUACUUUAUGCUCAUCUGAUGAACCUAUGAAUUGGCCAAAUUAUAUACUAGGUAUUUUAUCUCAAUUGAUAGAUAAAAUGGAUAAAACAUCAAUUCCAAUCGGUUUCAAUGUAAUUAUCAUUUCUGAUGUACCAUGUAAUAAAGGUGUAGCUUCAUCGGCUGCUCUUGAAGUUGCUGUUGCUCGUGCAGCAAGUGCAUGUUUAAAUCUUGAUAAUAUCAUAUCGAAUACUGAACUAGCUCUACUUUGCCAAUAUGUUGAAAAUCAUAUUGUUGGUAGUUCAUGUGGAUUUAUGGAUCAAAUGACAUGUGUUCAUGCAUGCGCUGACCAUCUAUUUUCACUUCUUUGUCAACAUACACCAAAUCCACCAUUUCAUAAUGUCGCAUUACCUGUAAAUGCUCAAUUAUUUGGUAUUGAUUCUGGUGUUAAACGAUCAACAGCUAGUUCUGCUUAUCGUCGUAUACGUACAGCUACUUUUAUGGGUAAAAAGUUAAUGAAUCUACCAGAUAAUAUUCAUCAUCUAUGUCAAAUAUCACUUUCAAAAUUUAAUAAUCAAUAUCGAAUGUCUUUACCAGAAAAAAUGUCUGGUAGUGAUUUUAUAUCAUCAUCGCAUCUUGAUCCAUUAACUUCAGUAGAUUCUAAUGAAAUUUAUUCAUUACGUGCUGCAACUGCUCAUCCUAUUGAAGAAAAUUUUCGUGUCCAAUUAUUCGAACAAUUAUUAAACCAUGAUCAUCAUUUAUCUAUUGAUAAUUUUUCUAGUCUUGGAGAAUUGAUGUUUCAAUCUGAUGCUGGUUAUACAUCAUGUGAUCUUAAUAGCGAAGAAACACAAUUACUCGUUCAUUUAAUACGACAAGAUAAAUCAUCAACGAAUGUUCUUUUCGGUGCAAAAAUCACUGGUGGUGGUGGAGGAGGCACAGUUGCUGUACUCGCUUACAAUUCAUCGGAAGCUGUUGAAGCAAUACAAAAUAUUGUUAAUCAAUAUGAGAAAAUUACUGGACGACGAACUCGAAUUUUUUCAGGUUCAUCCUCAGGUCUUGUUGCAUAUCCAUCUAUGACAAUUCAAAUGUAG